UUAUUAGCAACCACUUGAUUUUCUUGAAAACAAAUAGUAUAUUAUUUAUAAUCUUUGUAAAUCGGAAUCAGUAAUCAGUACUAUUUUGGGUGAACGUCGUUAUUGGUCGUGUAUGUGCACUUGCGAAAAUGUGUGUAUAGUUUAAAAACAAAAAUUGUGAAAAAAUAAUAUAAAAUGUCAGGCGAUCAGGAUUUGAACAACUUGUCGAUGCAUCCUUCACCAACAUCUCACGCAGAAACAAAUAAUCACAAUACAAGAAAGGUCAGCAUUAUAGAUCACCAUUUCCACGAACGGGGACACGACAACCACGCAUUCGAAUCACCUGCGCGUAGCCGAAAAGUUUCAUCAUCGGACCACGCCGACAUCGGACCGGUACGGAAAAAAAGCAUUUUGCACAACCACGUAAAUAAUGCUUUCGAAAAGGACGGGUAUCGACUUGACAGCGGCAAUGGAGAUCGACUCAAAAAACAUUCCACAACGGAAUCGGUGCAAUCGAAAACUUCUGCGUAUUCCAAAUCUUCCGCUUAUUCGAGAGGUAGAAGGUAUUCGGAGAGUUGUGAAGAAAACAGAUCUUGGUGGCACGUAUUUUGCCUGAAAUGUCGCUCAGAGGAAUCGCACCCUUCCUGGCAGCCAUCGGCGUGGCCAAAACUAUGUCCGUACCCGUUUUGUCCAACGUAUCGACAGUUUUCCAGAAUAUUAGCUAUAGGGCUUAUAGGAUUACUAUGUUGGUGUAUACUAUAUUCCAUAGUGGGAGCUCCAGCCGCUCCUCCAAAAGGAAUAUUGUUCCAAUUAAUAAUACUUUGCAUAGGCGCUUUUUUAGGAGGAUGGCUUAUGACCCUAACAACUCUUCCAGCCUUAAUUGGCAUGCUUUUCACAGGAGUUUUAUUUCAAAAUGUCGGUAUUGUAGAUAUUGAUGAGAAAUUUGCGGAAAUCAAUAGCGAAUUGAGGCAUUUGGCACUGGUUAUUAUCCUUAUUCGUGCCGGCUUAGAUCUGGAUCCUAAAGCUUUGAAAAAGCUUAAAUUCGCAGUGAUAAAAGUCGGUCUUGUUCCGUUUUUUAUAGAAGGUUUAGUCACUGCCAUCUUAUCCAAAUUUUUCCUGGACUUAUCGUGGAGCUAUGCUAUUUUACUUGGUAGUGUUAUAGCGGCUGUAUCACCUGCUGUAGUGGUACCCUGUUUAUUUAGAAUGCGUACAAAAGGGUAUGGAGUUGCCAAAGGUAUUCCAACUCUGAUAAUUGCAAUAGCAGGUAUCGACGAUGCCGUCUCUGUGGCCGUUUUUGGAAUUAUAAAAAGCAUCAUGUUCUCCAACAGUGGCGUAAUGCAAAUUAUUCUGCAAGGACCCGUCUCGAUUAUCGGUGGAAUCGCUUUUGGCGUUAUGUGGGGCGUUAUUUGUAAUUAUACUCCAGAAAAACACGAUCCCUUUAUGGUUCCUCUACGUAUUCUCCUACUUCUAGUAGGAGGCACAGUCACAGUAUUCGGUAGUGAACUAAUAGGUUACGGCGGAGCAGGCCCUUUAGCUUGCGUAGCUGCCGCCUUCACUUGCUUAGUCGUCUGGUCCAGACAAGGAUGGGAAAUCGAGGAAAAUCCGGCUGCAACUGCAUUCGAAAUAUUCUGGAUGAUCUUCGAACCGAUUUUGUUCGGAAUAACCGGCGCUCAAGUGAAGUUCAACCAGUUGGAUGGAAAAAUCGUUGCCAUUGGAACUGGAAUUUUGGUGGCUGCUUUCUUGGUGCGACAAGCUGUUACCAUUUUGGUGGCUGUCGGAUCCAAUUAUAAUUUGAAGGAGAAGAUAUUUAUUGCUUUUGCUUUGAUGGCUAAAGCAACUGUGCAGGCUGCUCUUGCUCCAGUAGUCCUUGGAACUAUAACCGACAAGACAUCACCAGAAUACGAGUACGCUCAAAAAAUCCUAAUGGUCUGCAUCCUCUCCAUCAUGGUUACAGCGCCAACGGGAGCAAUUUUAAUCACAUUAUCUGGUCCAAGGCUGUUGACCAAAACCAAAAUACCGGUAGUAACAGAAGCCUGGAGAAGAUCCCAUCGACCUUCUAUCAGAGAUAUCAGCAUUAUCGACGAAGAAGAAGAGAAACAGGAUCUGGAUAGUAUUACUACUGACACGCCUGAUAAUAGUUUAAGGUCGGCCAAUGGAAAGAAUAAAAUUCCGAGUAAGAAUGAAGAUGGUAACGAAAUUCAAUCGUAAGGUUUGUUACCACAACUAUUCAAUGUUAUCUCGUUUAAAUUUGUUUUAUAAUGUUAGAAUGCUGUUAUUUCUGGAUAUAUUAUUCAAAUGCCUAUUUUUAAUGUAUGGAUUUUAUUGUUGAUUGCGGAAGCUGAUAUUUGUUCACAUUGAACCUGAAAUGUAUGUAAUCAUAAAAUUCAAAGAUUUAUGUUGUUAAACUUUUAAACCAUUCCAAAAAUAAAUGUAUAUUUUAUCAAAAAUUAUGUAUUAUGUUACAGAUUUUGUAGCCUAGUAGAGCAAGUAUUUUGUAUGUAGAUUAUACUGUAUAUUAAUUAUUAUUCCUCUGAAAACCUAAUUUAUUUUAUGUUUAUUAUAAUGUAAAUAGUUACCCCAAUAAAACUAAAUAUUGAAAUGUUUUA